CAAUCAUUUUGCCAAGCAUCAAAUUCAAAUCAGCUCGAAUCGAAUCAAGUGCAGUUUAGGUUAUCGCAUUUUCGUUGCCACCCAAAUAAUGGACAAUAAACUGUAACGUCACACCGAAACAAAACCAUGUGAAUUCAACCAAUCAUUUCCACCUUAAUAGUCAAUUAAUUGCUGAGUAGAAAUAAAGGAGAGGUAAAAACGGCGACGUGAAUUAAAUACACCAAACGCAGACAAGACCAUAUUAUAGCUGGUUGAUAAACCCAAGAGAAAGAAAAUAAACUGUCUAAGAAAAACCACAACGAAAAUUAUCGACCGAUUCGCUGAUACGUCAAAUAAGUCGAGAGGCAGAACGAAUAAAAAAAAUUCAAAUGAACUUUGUUCCAUGAGCAUCAUCAAACAGCAAAAACCGAGCAUACUUAUAAUAAAACAACAGCACCAGCAGUAGCAGCAUCGUCGACAACCACAACAAAACCGCUGGCCAUACAUCAAGCUACACAUCAAUCGCAAAUUCGAAAUGCAAACAAUGGCGUUGAAUUGCAUGAGUUGGAAGUUGAUCGGUUGGCCGUCAAUUUGUUUGAUGAUCCUUCAUUUAUUCAAUAUAUGUACAUGUUUGAAAGAUUUGAAAAUUUAUGUGCCUGAAGCAGUGGCUGUUGAUGAUGCAGUAACUUUAUCGUGUUAUUACAACUUAGAAAAUGCUUCAUUAUAUUCGGUGCGCUGGUAUUUGGAACAAGAGGAAUUCUAUCGAUUCGUGCCAAAGGAAUCACCGCCGUCGAGAGUGUUUGAUGUCGCUGGAAUCGUUGUUGACUUGACGAAAUCCAGCGAGCACACGGUGACAUUACGCUCGGUACCACGAAUUAUCUCCGGAACGUAUCAAUGUGAAGUGUCGGCUGAUGCGCCACUUUUUCACACGGAAACAAGUAAAGCAAAAAUGCUUGUCGCUGAACUGCCGGCCCACCAGCCCGUGCUCUCCGUUUACAACGCUCCAAAUAACAGUAAAAAUGGCAUUGCCAUCGGUGAGUUAUUGAAAGCGACUUGUGUUUCUGGCCCAUCUUUUCCACCUGUCAAUUUCACAUGGACAGUGAAUGGCAACAUUCAGCCGUCGAGCAAUGUUGGUUUGCGACCCAUUCAGGCCAUCGAAAAAAAUAUCGUGCUACCGAAUACCAACGAUUCAGAUUCGAAUGCAAAGGAAGCCUGGUCGGACAUGAUUGCGCGUAUCGACAAUCACAUGCUUAAUUCGGACAAUCGUAAGAUUCUGGUGCGUUGUGAAACAAAUAUCUUCAAUUUGUAUCGUGGUACGGCCGAAGCUGAACUCAAAAUAAGCGACGAUUCAAUUUGGAUGCACGGUGCUAAAGUGAGCCCAACAACAGAUCAACGCAGUAGUAGCAGCAGCAGCAGCAGCAGUAGUGGUGGCGGCAGCAGCAGCAGCGCAUCCACAAAAAAUGGCGAUCCCGAUAAUUCAGCGCUACAGGCUGGCACCGGCCUUCGAUUGAAUACAUCCUAUUUUUUAUUGCAACUAGUUUUUCUGCUUCUUAUCACACCGGCCCUAUCGUAAAAGUGGUGUCAGCAUACGAAACACUGUAAUAAUGCACGACACAGAGAGAAAGACACCAACGGCCAGAGUGAGAUGUAUGUUAGGGUGGAUGCGUGUGCGUGUGUCGGUCACACCUGGCAUUUGACUCCCAAACAAUUACACGACAAAUAAUUUAUUUUGCUACACCGAAUUCCAAUUCAUCUCCGACUUAAUGCGAAUACGAAUUGCGAAUAUCAAUUUCGAAUGUCAGUUUUACCACCCAACACCACCAAUGCCCGUUUGCCCGCACUUUGUCACCCGAAAGGCGAUCUGAUUCACUCACUCACUCCGAAAAUCGCCGAUCCUUAUAUUUUUCAUAUAUUAAGAAUAAUAAUGAAAAAUAACGAAUAAAAUAAACUAUUUAACCAUUUAUUUCAUUUAUUUGCUAGGAUUGAUGGCUAGAAAUUUUUAUUAAAAUCCCUUAAGCGUAAGUUGUAAGUAUGAUAUAAGUUAACUGUCACUGGAAUCCCCCGAUACAAUUCUCGAUAUUACUUGAUAUAUAUACCUACAUGAAUGAAUAUGCAUAUAAAGAUAUAUACAUAUAUGUUGAUGUUACCAAAUGUCGUUUGUAUUUAUCGAACGGUGACUGAUGUUGGAGCUCUUCAAUCCAACGUUGGUAGACAAUUGCAAUGGAAUAAAUUAAAAUAAAUUUUUGCACAUGAAAUAUGCAAUUAAACAUGCAUAAAAUACUUGACAAACAAAAUUUCAAUUCGCCGAUGGAAUUGUGUUCGUGUGGAGCGCGUCAGCCCAUUCCAUUGCCAAAAUGACUGUAAAUUAAAUGACCGGAAAACAUCGAAACAUUGUCAGGUAUGUCAGUGUAAAAAAAAAUUGAACGGUAGGCCUCACAUUUUUGGACAAGAAACGGUUUACCUGAUGAAAUGAUUGUAUGCGUGUUGUGUUUGUUCUGCGGAUGAUGAAAAGGCUCAUACCAAAAAUGAAUGCAAUGUCGAAAAAAUUCUCCACGGGAUUCAACUUCGUUUGCGACGUUUGCCAUUCCAUGGGCUGGCAGAACGGUGCAGUUGGUGCCGUUUCACCUUCAUCACAUCAAUAACAAGUGAUAUUAAUUAAUUUAUUUUUGAAUGUUAAAUGGCAAUUUUGUGUACUCAUUCUUUGCCAAAAUAUUAACUUUGAUUUACCAUUUCGGUGUUGCAAACGGAAAAGAAACCUUUUGGGAGGAGGCAGAGAUGUAUAAAAUUGAGUAUGAGGCGAUUCCUUUCAAUUUCAACUUUAUCACCUCUUUAAUAAAUUAUGUUGCGCACAUAGUUUUCCCGGUUGGUCCGUUGGUCGUUCGAUAGGCUGAAUGAUUGGUUGGUUGGUAGAAGCUGUUGCCUUUAUUGACAUACUCACUAUCAAAAUCACGCGCUUGUUCGCCCGCGCACACCAACCAUAUUGAGGCAUAGUUAGCGCUGGAUGAAGAUUCUCCCUGCUUGCUCUGUUUGCUCACAAUUAUAAAGUUUUCUAAAGAGCUUAUCUGUGAACGUCUGGAAACCGUAUGGUGCGUUCUACUGCUGAUGCUGCUGCCGUCGCUGCUUUGGCUGCUGUUUUGCAAAAGCGUCCCCAACUUUUGCUAUAGACAAACAUACAUUUAUCAACACAUAAACUAAAUGACGAGCCACACGAAAAGUUUCCAAGCAAAUAAAACCUAUUCGCCACACGUUAUAUUCAUAUUACUAGCAUUCAAAUAUCGACUAUAUGGCAAGAUUUUUUGGCCAUAAUGUUCUGGUUGCCUCUCAUCGAUCUAUUUCGAAAGUUAAAUUUAGUUCUCCUCUCUUUUGACUUUUCUUCUUUGGCUUUUCUCUCUCUCCCUCUCUCUCUCUCCUUUUCUCUGCUCCUGUACACGAUUUGCAAUCUCUGGCUUCUUCAUUCUUUUGCUCUUUUUUUCCCUCUCUUCCUCAUCAGCCAUGUAAUUUCGUUUGGCUAUGUCUGCAAUGCAUUUCGCCAUGAGCACAGAAAUCGUUUUUUUUUUUGCUUCUUUCUACUACCACUACCGCUUUUUCUUAAUGUAUGGUGACCUGAAGUGAUGGCAUCUCAAUGUGUAAAACAGUUCAUAUAUCUCUAUUCCACGUUUUACGUUACACAUUCCACAUUAUCACUAUGAGCGUUACCGUUGUCGGUUUGUCUAUUGCAACGUGUAAAAUACUGAGGUUGAGAAAGUUCACAAAGUCAAUGGGAAUACUUUUCACGCUCAUACAAGGAACCCGUACAAAUGGCCAUGUUCAAGCUCAAUAAUACAUCCGCAAGCUAAACACACACACACACGCGCGCAUAUAUAAAACAAACUGACAGAGGAAAACUAACGCAGAGGAAAGAUGGGAUGGGAAGCAACAGCGAUGGCAUAUACACAAUCAAUUUAAGAUAAAUAAGAAACGAUUCGAUUCAUCAUGUGUACAACUCCAUUAAAAUGCGUUGGAGAAUCGUAUAUUUCAAAUAAAUGAAUAUGAAUUUGUGUUACGAUUUAGAUGUCCAAAAUGUUGAUUCGAAAUUCCCUGUGUUGGAUAAAUAGAUGUAUGUGUGUUGUUUGUGUCCACGUCCAGUGUGUUGUUGCAACACUGCCACAACAUACAAGUGUGAAAAGGGAAAGAAAAAAAAACAUACAAAACAUCCCCCGAAAAAUAACUCUCCAUAGUGAUUCUAGUAAUAGCUUUACGUUUAAAGUUCGGGGCCCGAUAUCGCACCGUCGAUAAGCGUUCUCCACACUGAUCGAGCAGGAAAGACACAUACACACACACACACAGAAAGAGAGAGAGAGAGAAGGAGAGAGAGAUACCGACACAUACGAGCGACGAGACAGCACUGGAAGAAAAUAGUAUGAGAGAGAUGGUGAUGGUAGAGGAAAUCAGUUCGAGAAAGUCAUAGAGUAUAGAUUUUAAGUUGGUCAUCCCAAUCACUUGGCGGUAGUUGCAUCGUAUGCCCGAUGCCAAAUACAGAUAUAUAUACAUAUACAUAAUAUUAAUUUUAAGAAAGUUUCAAUUCACAUGGUCAUUGGUUAAAAAUCGUUUGCCACCGGACCGAACUCUGAAACAUUACGAUUGAACUAAACUAUAUGUUUGUAUAGAUUGCUAUAUAUGCUCGACUUGAACUCAAUUGUAUGUGUGAUGCAUAUUUCCAAAAGUAUUAUUACUAUAGAACUGCUGUGUACGUUUUGCGCCCUCCUCCGAAUACAGUUAGAUGAAAAUUAAAAGUUUUCGGCAGCAACAAAACAUUCCCGAACAACUGAAAGACGAACUAGCUAGGCUUCCAUUUUUUUGCCAUCGCCCAACAUUCGGAUUUUCACAAUACACGAAGCAAAAUCGUCGACCGAAAAUAUUUUUCUGUUUUUGAUUUCGAUUUCAAUUGUGUCAAACGGAAGCCAGCACUAAGCCGAAUUCAAUGCUUUAAAAUUAAAAUCACUUUGCAUUUACAGCUAUUAAAUGGAAAUUGAGUCAUUUGAAUCUUUUGGCGUGUUUCAAUCUAGUUAUAAUUAGAGCAAAAUAGUUUAAAUUCUAUGGCUAUAAUAACAUAGUACACACAUCGAUCCGAAUUACCGGUAUCAAAAUUAUAUGGAGAAUUUCAAUCAAACACAUUUGGAAACAGUAGGUUGUGGCAACAAUAAACGGUACCCAUAUAUACACACACCCACAAAAAAGACACACAAAAACACACAGACAUUCUCAGUUCACUAUAAAAUUGUACAUUGCUGAUAUGAAUUCAUAUGAAAACCGCAAUUGAAAUUAUGGCAUCCAGACAACAGCAAUUCAAAUAAUUUCGAUUGUUUUUAAAACAUAAUAGAAAAUUAAUUAAAAUUAAUAGCGAUUAAUUUCAAUGAAAUCAAAUUGAUUUGAAAUGGAAUUUUCGCCGCAACAAAUUUUGCUCACUGGAUCUCUAAUCCGCACUGAGAUGGUCAAUUAUAGUAGUGGAACUUUUGUUUAUGUUUCUGGUUUUGUUCAUUUUGGUUUCAAUAACAGCAACAACAAAAUGAGCAUAAAUAAAAUAAGGAUUAUUCAAUUUACGUUAAGAUUUCCGUAGAUGAAGAUAAUUUAGCACACCGGCAAUAAAUUCAUAAAAUUGAUGGUCAUAAAUCUUUGAGUUCCUCUGCAUUAAGAGUCGUAUUUUACCUCAUUUAUCUACUAAACAUACACGAAGGGAAAAUAACCCAAUAAACACUCACAGACAAACACACACACACAGGAAUGCAAAAUACAGCGCGAAUUUAGUGGUCUAUCGCGUGAUUUAAAAUAUAAACUAACCAUACAAUUUAUGAAAUGAAAUGAAAUGCAAAAUUUGACAAUAUUUAAGGAAAUUAGGAAAUUACAACUUACUCAAAUGGCAUUCGUUAAGGAUACAAACCUACAAAUACAAAUGGAUAAAUGAUAACCCAAAAAAAAAAUACAGAAUGAUACGUAAAAUUAAUAAAUACGAACGCAUGGAAUUAAACUUAUACAUUAUUAUCUUCCGACACACACAAACACACACACACACAAAAAGAAUAAAUAAACCAAUAAAAAAAAA